GCUGCAUCAAGGGCGUGGGUGCGGGUCCACCUCGGCUGUGUCCCUGUGGCGUGCUCCUGGCCGGGCUGGAUUCGAUACAGGACUGGAAUCCUUGAUCCGUUGCAGCCCCUGCAGGAAUUUGUGUUUGUCAACCAGCAGGCGAAGAAAGCCUACCUGUGACCGUCCAUCUGUAGGGCUCGGUUGUAGCCCUCCCAACGCCUGGCGACCAGACUCCCAGCCACCAUGCUGAAGAUUCAGCAGCUGCAGCUAUCAGUCUUGGCCAUACAAGUCUUCGUUCUUGCUUGCUUCCUUUCUCACCAGUACAACAGCAACAAUCACCAGGCGGAGAAGCCGGCCCGGGUGCACGUCCUCAUCAUCUCCUCGUGGAGGUCGGGGUCCUCCUUCGUCGGCCAGCUCUUCAGCCAGCACCCCGACGUCUUCUACUUGAUGGAGCCCGCCUGGCACGUGUGGGCGACCAUGUACCAAAACGGUGCCAGGGUCUUGCAAAUGCCAGCGCGGGACCUCGUCCGCUCUGUCUUCCUCUGUGACAUGUCCGUCUUUGAUGCCUACUUGCCUACCAAGAGGACGAAAUCCGCGAUCUUCCAGUGGGAAACCAGCAGAGCGUUAUGUUCCCCUCCAGCCUGCGUUUUCUUCCAGCGCACCGACAUUAUCUCCAAAGACAACUGCAAGACAGUCUGUUCCAAAUACCCCUUCAGCAAAGUGGAAGAAGCCUGCAAGACCUACAGCCACGUCGUCCUGAAGGAGGUCCGCUUCUUUGACCUCAAGGUGCUCUUCCCUUUACUCGCAGACCCCUCCCUGAACCUCAGAAUCAUCCACCUGGUUCGAGACCCCAGGGCUGUCUAUUACUCCCGCAAGAACAUAUCGGGGAGUUUAGCCCGUGACAAUAAGAUUGUGACGGAGCACAAGAAACUUGCGGAGGACAUGACGAUCUACGCCAUCAUGGAGGAGAUUUGCAAAAGUCACGUUAAGAUCUACACCGCUGGAAGGGAGACCUUUCCUGGCCUCUUCCAGGGCCGCUACCAGCUGGUUCGCUAUGAGGACAUCGUUCACGACCCGUUGGCCGAAGUGGCUGAACUCUACAAAUUCGCAGGGCUCAGUUUCACUCCCAGCCUUCAGUCGUGGGUGUACAACAUCACCCACGGGAAAGGCCUGGGCAAGCAACCUUUUGACACAAGCUCCAGGGAUGCCUUGAAAGCCUCCCGGGCUUGGCGGAAGAACCUCCCUUAUCCCCAGGUAGCAAAGCUGCAAGACACCUGCAAAGAGGCCAUGAAGCUGCUGGGCUACCAGCUGGUCAGCUCUGAGGAAGAACAGAAGGACCUCUCUUUGGGCCUCCUGCAUCCUCUAAAGCCCCAGGCCACGUCAACCCUGUCUUCGGACAGCUGAAAGAUCCACCAGGACAUCCUAUGUGGACAUGGGUUGAGUGCAAGAACAAAGCCAUAAAGAGAGGUCAUGUCCCCCAAAUGGGCUUUCCAUGAAGGGAGCUGUUUCAUCUGCUGACAGAUAAGAGAGGACCACUGGCAUGGGUGAGACAGGGUGACUGUGCAUCCAGCUCCACCCUGUUAUUCCCAUAACGACAAGCCCGCAGCAGGUUAUGAAAGCUUCUUCUCGGACUGAAAGCUUCUUCUCGGACUGAAAGCUUCUUC